CUUGUUUUCCCGUUAGCUCUACUCCAGGAAGUGAUCUGCGGCUUGGGGUCAAUUCGAGAGAGAAAGAAGAAAAAAGGCAACGGCAGCAGCAAACAGAACCCAAUUAUUAGUGGGCACUGGAAUAAAAGAAUUGUUAUAAUCAUCAGAAAGGGGCCUCGAAAGAAUAAGGCGAAGAUGCGAGAGACGACCCUGGGCCCGGCGCUCAGCCCCACUUUAUUGAGUAACAAAGCGAUCGUCAUCUGAUAGGUCGCCUCUGGCCGGCGGGGGUCGAAGCUCUUCUUUAAAGCGGCUCAGUGAACUAUGGAAGGAGUGCUGCACAAAUGGACCAACUACAUCGCUGGCUGGCAGCCCCGCUGGUUCGUACUGGACAACGGCAUUCUUUCCUACUAUGAUUCUGAGGAUGACGUGUGUAAAGGCAGCAAAGGAAGCAUUAAGAUGUCAGUGUGUGAAAUCAAAGUUCACCCUACAGAUAAUAGCAGGAUGGAGCUCAUCAUCCCAGGCGAGCAGCAUUUCUACGUGAAGGCAGUCAACGCUGCGGAGAGACAAAGGUGGUUAGUGGCCCUUGGGAGCUCAAAGGCGUGCCUCACCGACACGAGAGCAAAAAAAGAAAAAGAAAUAAGUGAGACCAGAGAGUCUCUGAAAACGAAGAUGUCUGAACUGCGGCUCUACUGUGAUCUACUAAUGCAACAAGUUCACACGAUCCAGGAAUCAGUCCUUCAAGAAACAAAGCACUCGUCGCCUAGCAUCGAGAACAUGAAUGAAGCUUCCUCUCUCUUGAGUGCCACAUGUGAGACUUUUAUUACGACGCUUGAGGAGUGCAUGAAGAUUGCCAAUUCCAAAUUCAAGCCUGAGAUGUUCCAGUUAUCCCACCCUGACCCCGUUGUGUCCCCAGUUUCACCGUCACCUGUACAAAUGGCUCGGAUGAAACGUUCCAUCAGCCAUCCUGGUGCCUACAGCUUUGAAAGGACCAGCCUCAUGCCAAAGGACUCGACUUCUUCAUUACAGCGCUCCUCUCAGCGACGAACAAGAACAUAUUCAGACACAGAAUCUCACGGUGAUAGCUGCACAGAAGAUGUGGAGAGGAGUAUGCAGUGUCCCAAAAGCAGUGUCAACGGUGACUGUGCAACGAUGACCAUCUUUGAAGAAAGCGGCUCUGCUCCCAGGCACAUCGCCGAGACAGAAGGUCCCCUUGUGGCUUUGUCGUCGUGAGCCAAAUGGAGAGCGACGGGGGCCGCGUCGACCCAUGAACUGCUAUGCAAUCACUGCAGGCAUUGCAUUACUUGCAUAACGGGAAGUACCCAUUCUUCUAGAAGGAUUUCUUUGCACUUUACAGAACAAUAUGGAAACUGAAGCAUUUAUUUUACUCUAUUUUUAUUUGUUGUGGUGGUUCUUUGACAGAUGCUUUGCUUUCUAGGAAACUGCCCGUUUAAUAUGAGAGAGCUGAAAUGUGAAUUUAUACACUGGUGUUAAACUUUGUAAGCGUUGUGUAUGUGUGUGUGUGUGUGUGUAUCGGAGAGAAAGGCAGAUAAUCGUGUGUGUGUGUGCGUGUGUGUGAGAGAGAGUGAGUCAUACCACCGAGAAUGUACAGUGAGACCUUGCCGGCUAUGAAGGAACCCCGGUGGUGAGGCUUGGUUAAUGUGCCAAGGACUGAGAAGCAGACCAAAAAGGAAAAGAUUGUACGAGAGCACGGGCACAGCACACCUGGUCCCUCGUUUUUUUUUUUUUUACCAGUGAUGAUUAUGCCAAACAAGGUGAAGCCAACUUUAUUUUUCUUUGCGUUGUUUUGUUCGUUGGUAGACAUUUCCCCGAGUUUGUUUUUAUUUGUUUGUCCUGGAGUGCUCAUCUUACACGUGUACUCUUGUUACUUUUACAAGUGAGGCCUUACCACAUUCUCAUUUGGAAAAGGUGAUUUUUUUUUUUCUUUUCUUCUUCGUUUCCUUGUUGCAAUAAAAUAAUUUGUUCCAUGCGUUUUUAAUAUUAAUAUUUACCAGUUUACAACUUACAGAUUAAAGCUGUUUUCAGCUUCUUGGGUGCACGACUUUCUUAAAAUCUUUGACGUAAUGUUUCUUUUUUGUAUACCAGUGCCGCAGAGUGUCUGUCUGUUAAUCUGAAUUUAAAAGAUGCUGCAGCGGCAGUCCACUUCCAAAACAUUUAAAUGGAGAAUCCUGAAUGGAAAGGCCUUUUCGCACUCCUGCUGUGUUAAACCGGGAGGUGGUUAGUCGCAUUGUUUCGGUGUCUAGGUAGUUUGGUUGUUUCUUGCAGCAAACUUAACAAUAAACACUCCAUGGGUGUGG